AUGGCAUAUCAUGCAGGCGUGCGUAUUUUUGCGAUCUAUAAAUCUGAAUCGUUGCUAACUUCAAGAGGGUGCUUGCUUUAUCUUAUCUUAUUGCAGUAUGGUGGAUAUGGGGCACCACCUGGGGCACCUGGAGGAUUUAGUCGAGGUGUGGCUCCUGGAGGUCCUCCACCUGGUGCUGAUCCUCAGCUAUGGUCGUGGUUCGCUGCUGUUGACACGGACCGAUCAGGCGCGAUCUCUGCUGUCGAGCUUGAGAGAGCGUUGGUUAAUGGGGAUUGGACUCCGUUUGAUUUGGACACUGUGAAGCUCUUGAUGAGCAUGUUUGACGUUGACCGAAGCGGAACCAUCGGGUUUAAUGAAUUCUGCGGAGUCUGGAAAUACAUCAAGGACUGGCAGAACGUAUUCCGCCACUUUGACAGAGACCGCUCCGGCACCAUCGACCGUAACGAGCUCCGCGAGGCCCUCCGUCAAUUCGGGUUCAACCUCAGCCCACCCCUAAUCGAGCUCGUCCAAGCCAAAUACGGUAUUGUAGCUAGCCCCUACGGUCCUACUCCUGGUAUCACGUUCGAUCGCUUCGUUCGCGCUUGUGUGGUUAUCAAGCAAUUGAGCGGGGCGUUCCAGAAUCUUGAUACGGAUAAUGAUGGAUGGGUGCAGAUUAAUUAUGAUCAGUUUAUGCAGACUGUUCUGUCGUUGCCUUGA